AUGGCUCAUUAUGACUCGUUGGAUGACAAGGACUCUGUGGAUAUUCAUGACAACCCACCUCUCCCUGAUAACGUGGUGAAAGAGGAGGACAACACGGUUUAUUUCAUCUAUGAUGAGGAGGUUGAAGAAGAAGAAAAAGAUGAACCACCUCCUCCAGAACCAGUCAAACCAGUCAACGACAGACCUCACAAGUUCAAGGACCACUACUGCAAGAAACCAAAGUUUUGUGACGUCUGCGCGCGCAUGAUAGUUUUGAACAAUAAGUUUGCAUUGCGAUGUAAGAACUGCAAAACCAGCAUCCACCACCAGUGUCAGUCCUACGUGGAGUUCCAGAGGUGUUUUGGCAAAAUUCCUCCUGGAUUCAGAAGAGCCUACAGCUCUCCUUUAUACAGCAGUCAGCAGAAUGCCACAGUCUCACAGCUGCUGCCCUUUUCACAGUCAAACCGCACUGACCCUGUGUUUGAGACGCUGCGUAUCGGUGUGAUUAUGGCCAACAAGGAGCGUAAAAAAGGGUCGGAGGACAAGAAGAACGUGAGUAUGAUGAUGAUGGAAGAAGAAGAGUCACAGCCCAAACAGGAGGAGGAAAGAGACGAAGGAGCAAACACAGAGGGAGACAAGAAGGGAGACAAACUUCCUGCAGAUGACAAGAGUAAAAAGCCUCAGCCAGGGAAGAUCGGUGUGUUCAGCCAGUCUCAUUACUAUCUGGCUCUCUACCGCUUCAAGGCCAUAGAGAAAGACGACCUGGAUGUGCAUCCUGGCGACCGCAUCACAGUGAUAGAUGACUCGAACGAAGAGUGGUGGAGGGGGAAGAUCAGAGAGAGAACAGGCUUCAUUCCUGCCAACUACAUCAUCCGAGUGCGAUCAGGAGAGAGGGUCUACAUGGUGACACGCUCCUUUGUUGGCAACAGAGAGAUGGGCCAAAUCACUCUGAAGAAAGACCAGAUUGUGGUGAAGAAGGGUGAGGAAGUUAAUGGCUACCUGAAGGUCAGUACAGGACGGAAACUCGGUUUCUUCCCCGCUGACCUGCUGCAGGAGAUCUGA